AUGACCAACCCAACCCUCAAGAUCAUCCACCCACCCAUGCCAAACCCAACCCUCAAGAUCAUCCACAUGAAUGCAACCCAAACCCUCAAGACCAUCCACACACCUGCCAACCCAACCCUCAAGACCAUCCACACACCUGCCAACCCAACCCUCAAGACCAUCCACACACCUGCCAACCCAACCCUCAAGACCAUCCACACAACUGCCAACCCAACCCUCAAGACCAUCCACGCACCUGCCAACCAAACCCUCAGAUCAUCCACCCACCUGCCAACCCAACCCUCAAGAUCAUCCACCCACCUGCCCCCCAACCCUCAAGACCAUCCACAUGAAUGCCAACCCAACCCUCAAGAUCAUCCACCCCACCUGCCACCCAACCCUCAAGAUCAUCCACCCACCUGCCAACCCAACCUCAAGAUCAUCCACCCGCCUGCCAACCCACCCUCAAGAUCCCACCCCCGCCCUGCCAACCCAAACCCUCAAGAUCACCACCCCGCCCCUGCCAACCCAAACCUCAAGAUCAUCCACAUGAAUGCCAACCCAACCCUCAAGUCAUCCACCACCGCCAACCCAACCCUCAAGAUAUCCACCCACCUGCCAAACCCAACCCUUAAGAUCAUACCCACCCCUGCCAAAACCCAACCCUCAAGACCAUCCACACACCUGCCAACCCAACCCUCAAGACCCCCAAGACCAUCCACACACCUGCCAACCCAACCCUCAGGACCAUCCACAUGGACCCCCCUGCCAACCAACCCCUCAAGAUCCUCCACCCACCUGCCAAUCCCAACCCUCAAGAUCUCCUACCCACCUGCCAACCCAAACCCUCAAGAUCAUCCACCCACCUGCCAAAACCCAACCCUCAAGAUCAUCCACCCACCUGCCAACCCACCCUCAAGAUCCAUCCACACGGCCUGCCAACCCAACCCGCAAGAUCAUCCACCCACCUGCAACCCAACCUCAAGAUCAUCCACAUGGAAUGCCAACCCCAACCCUCAAGUCAUCCACCCACUGCCAACCCAAACCCUCAAGUUUCAUCCACAACGCCUGCCAACCCAAACGUCAAGAUCGCCACACCGCCUGCCCAACCCAACCCUCAAGAUCAUCCCACCUCCCACCUGCCAACCCCAACCCUCAAGAUCAUCCACCCACCUGCCCACCCCAUACGCCUCCCCAAGAUCCACCCACCUGCCAAAGCCCAACCCUCAAGAAUCAUCCACCCACCUGCCAAAACCCAACCCUCAAGAUCAUCCACAUGAAUCCCAAACCACCCUCAUGAUCAUCCAACCCACCGCCAACCCAACCCUCAAAGAUCAUCCACCCACCUGCCAACCCACCCGCAAGAUCAUCCACUGA